UAACUUCCUUUUCCGCCUUGGGUUGAUGCCGGUUAGCAAGAUGAAGAUUUGGUUGACUUUGUUCGCUGCUUUGUGCUUAGUCUUGUGUUGUAAUGGUGAUAAUGCUCGACUGCUAGCAUCUAAAAACAUUUUGAACCAAUAUCUGGUUGAAGGCAGGGAUCUUACUGUGCAGUACAGCAUUUACAAUACCGGAGGAAGUGCUGCUCUGGAUGUCAAUCUGAAGGAUGAUGGGUUUCCAGAGGCUGAUUUUGAGGUUGUUCGAGGAAACCUUAAUGUGCGCUGGGAGAGAAUUGCUCUUGGCACCAAUGUGACACAUUCCGUCGUCCUUAGACCUCUCCAAUAUGGCUACUUUAACUUCACAUCUGGUGAAGUCAGCUACAAGGACUCUGAAGAUGCCACUGAGGCUGUGUUUGGAUAUACCAGUGCACCUGGAGAGGGUGGCAUUGUUAACAGCAAAGAAUAUGACAGACGGUUUUCCCCUCAUGUUCUGGACUGGUGUGUAUUUGCUGUAAUGACACUUCCAUCCCUGGUCAUUCCAUUCCUCCUAUUUUACAGGAGUAAAAGUCGAUACGAUCAGCCCAAGGCGAAGAAAAACUAAAUUAUAUUCAUCGUAUUUCAUUUUCAUGUUUUUUAAUAAAAAAAAAUCAUUUA